CGGACUCUGCUCCGGCUGCGAGCGGCCGCCCUGCCCGCGCCCAGCGCCGACCCACCGGGCUCUCCGCGCCGGACCAGCUCCUUGGCUCCCGGGGCAGGACCGAGGCCGCAAGCAGCGCCGCGGGGUGUGGGGCAGACCCAGGAGAUGAAAUGACAACGCCAACCCUCCAGAAAGCCAUUGAUCUGGUGACAAAAGCCACAGAAGAGGAUAAAGCCAAGAAUUACGAGGAGGCGCUCCGGCUCUACCAGCAUGCCGUGGAGUACUUCCUGCACGCUAUCAAAUAUGAGGCACACAGCGACAAGGCCAAGGAGAGCAUUCGAGCCAAGUGCAUGCAGUACCUGGACCGGGCGGAGAAACUGAAGGAUUACUUACGAAACAAAGAGAAGCAUGGCAAGAAGCCAGUCAAAGAGAAUCAAAGCGAGAGUAAGGGCAGCGAUAGUGACAGUGAAGGAGAUAAUCCAGAGAAAAAGAAAUUGCAAGAGCAGCUGAUGGGUGCCGUCGUGAUGGAGAAGCCCAACAUCCGGUGGAAUGACGUGGCCGGGCUGGAGGGAGCCAAGGAGGCCCUCAAAGAAGCUGUCAUUUUGCCAAUUAAAUUCCCGCACUUGUUCACAGGCAAGCGCACCCCUUGGCGGGGGAUACUGCUCUUCGGACCGCCCGGCACUGGGAAAUCCUACCUGGCCAAAGCAGUGGCGACGGAGGCCAACAACUCCACCUUCUUCUCUGUGUCCUCCUCAGACUUAAUGUCUAAGUGGCUAGGGGAGAGCGAGAAGCUAGUCAAGAACCUGUUCGAGCUGGCCCGGCAGCACAAGCCCUCCAUCAUCUUCAUCGACGAGGUGGAUUCGCUCUGCGGAUCCCGCAACGAGAAUGAGAGCGAGGCUGCCCGCAGGAUCAAAACAGAAUUCCUAGUCCAGAUGCAGGGGGUGGGGAACAACAAUGAUGGGACUCUGGUGCUAGGUGCCACAAACAUCCCAUGGGUGUUGGACUCGGCCAUUAGAAGGAGGUUUGAAAAGCGAAUUUAUAUCCCGUUGCCGGAGGAGGCUGCCCGCGCCCAGAUGUUCCGAUUGCAUCUGGGAAGCACUCCUCACAACCUCACAGACGCCAACAUCCACGAGCUGGCCCGGAAGACGGAAGGCUACUCAGGUGCAGACAUCAGUGUCAUUGUGCGGGACUCCCUCAUGCAGCCCGUGAGGAAAGUGCAGUCGGCGACACACUUCAAAAAGGUCUGUGGCCCUUCCCGCACCAACCCUAGCAUUAUGAUCGAUGACCUCCUGACCCCAUGCUCGCCGGGGGACCCAGGGGCCAUGGAGAUGACUUGGAUGGAUGUCCCUGGUGACAAACUGCUAGAGCCUGUAGUCUGCAUGUCGGACAUGCUCCGGUCUUUGGCCACCACUCGGCCCACUGUGAAUGCAGAAGACCUCCUGAAAGUGAAGAAAUUCUCAGAGGACUUUGGACAGGAGAGUUAAAAGCUUCUUCACCUGCCUGAUGGUGAAGGUGGGAGGUUGAUUGGGGUCAAUCCACAGUACUCCCCAGGUCAGUGGCCACACAGAGCUCCCGUGCUUGUCCCAAGGCCACUGCAGCGUCCCCCUGCUGACCGGCCGUCAGUGGGGGAGCAGGAAGGAAGGGCCUCCCCGCCACGGAGCCGCAGAAGCACAUUCAGUACCUGGGGGGUACUGGCUCUUCCUGCUUCCUCCUCCUCCUCCUCUUCUGGAUGCUCACCAUCUCCUUGUCCUGCCCCGCUCCCAUGGUUUUUUUUUUAAACCAUUCUUUGUUCCCCUAAAUUAAUGCUGCUUGGAUUUUUGACUUGUUUAUAAAUUCAAAACCUGCCCAAGGCAUCAGGGAGUGGGAGCGGCCCCCGGCCUUGGGGUUGGCGCAGUGGCCCUUCAGAACAGCUGCCCAGCGCCCCCCGCUGCCCCUCCUGUCCAGAUCCAAGUAUUGCUCCAUGUGAAGAGAAUGGCUGUUGCCCGGAGUCCCCAGCCCAGACUCUGCCUGUAAGGGCCACAAGUAGAGCCAAGCCAUUCGCUCCCUGCGGGCCCUGUGUCCUCGCUGCAGGAGGAGAGGAUGGUUUUGUGAGCACAAAGCUUGUAGAUCAGACCGAGGGAAGGCAGUCAGGCAGGUGUCACUGCUGCCUUUUUCUAAUCCCUCUGAAUGUGAGAACACUGAUCCCAGCCUCUGCGCCGGGUCCCUGUCCUGGAAGCGGGCUAAUAAACCCUUUUCGUUUCUUGA